AUAAAAGACCGGCUGUUCAUACUGUGAGGUGUAGUCUUCGCGUCCGUGUGUGUGAAAGUCAACAUGAAGGUCUUCGCCGCCGUGCUCUGCCUCGCCGCCGCCGCCUCCGCCAGGAUGGCCUACCAGUUCUCGGACGGUUACCUCGACAUCCUGGGCGGCGACCCCCAGCAGGCCUUCUCCUGCGACAACCGCCCCUACGGCUACUACGCUGACGUCGCCAACGACUGCAGGAUCUUCCACGUGUGCGAGCCCGUGACGGACGAGCUCGGGGGCUUCGUCGAGACCGCCCACUACUCGUUCGUGUGCGGCAACCAGACCGUGUUCAGCCAGGAGUCCCUCACCUGCGCCCACCCCGAGGAGGCCUUCCCCUGCAACCAGGCCGAGUCCCUCUACGAUGUCUCCAACGCCGACUUCGGAAAGAUCCCUGAAGAAGGAGGGAUCGACAUCCGAGUAGCCUGAGCAACGCGGAGGACGCACUUCGUCGGGAAUCCCUUCGGGUCCUACAUCACGGCUGGCGGAGGCUUCACCUUCUCCGCCUCCUCCUUCUCUCACCCCUCCAUCCUUUCGACACCGUCUGCGUCGAAGUAGGUCGGUGUCGAAAGUGUCCUGUGUCGAAAAGAUUUUUAGACGCAGAUACGAAUGUCGAAAAGAUUUUUUUGACGUCGCCACUUCAUUUUUUCUGUUGUUGUUUGUUGUCAUUUUAGGUUAUUUGGAAGUUGAAGGAAAUUCAUAUGAUGUCAGUGAGUGCCAUUUCAGGUCAGUAGGUAUUGUAUAAGCCAGUAUGAUAUACAUUUUUUUUUUAAGUUUUACAAUUUAUUUUUUGUAUAUAGUAACGAAAAUAAAGAGAGUAAACAGAUAAUUAUAUAUCUAAUGCCGUAGGUCACCUGUGUCGCUGUGUCAUGUGUUCCUUGACACAGCUACACCAUUUUUCGAGGGAGAGGGAAUUGGAAGUUGAAGAAAAUUUAUGGAAAGUUAUUCCAGGUCAUUUAUUGUUUUGUGGCAUAGGAUAUCGAAUGAUUAUCAAACGCUUGAUCAAUGGGUGCCGUAAUAUUACGUUUAAUGCUACAGUUCGGGUUUCUGGGGGCAAGUUUUAGGGUCUAAAUAAAUAAUAACUUGCUAAGAGACUCUGUUAGGUACUCAAACACUCGCUGGCGUCAGGUCAGUCAUGCCAUUAGUGGAGAUGAAGUCACUAUCUGACCUUAGAUAGUGAACAUGACAAUCCAUUCUAUUUUCAUUCUUCACUCAGAAUACACAAUAACCCCUUUUAUUUCAACUAUUCACACACUUAUACGCAUACAAACACACACACACACACGCACACACACACACACACGCACACACACACACGCGCGCGCAUUCACACACACACACACACACACACACACACACACACACACACACACACACACACACACACAGGCACACACGCACGCACACACACACACACACACACACACACACACACACACACACACAUGGUCAUCACUACACACAUGUACACACAUAGAAAUACACUCACUAAAUAAACGAACAGACGUAGAGAUUGGAAUUAUUGUAUGUACACACGCAAUAAUGUGAAAUAGAUAUAUCUUUAUUUUCCCUUCCUAUGAAACCUUACACAGAUAAGGAUAGUGGUUAUUUAACAGUUACUAUUAUCCAUAAUUACCCAGGCUUACACUAUGUCAAUAAAUGAUAAAUAUAUA